CUAAACCCAAAUUCAUCACUCAUUAGCUUGGAUUCCAGCACCAUGGCAAGAUCUUUGCUGGGCCUCCUAUUGCUCUUUUGGUUUCUUCCAGCCACCUGGCUAACACCGCAGACACCGCAGACACCGCUCGCGCAGACGCGGCUCGCGCAGACGCGGCGUGCCGCCACAGCGCGGCUUCCGCGGCGGGCGGAGCCUUCAGCGGCAAAGAAGAAGACGCGCGAGGAGGAGAAGGAGUCGGAACGAAUGGUUGGAGAGUCUGUGGGGGACUACAAAGUGGAGUAUCUCGUCUUCCUUUUGGUCUUGGUGGUUGCUGGCACCGUCUUCAACCCCUUCCAGUGAAAACAGGAUGAGGACAGAGAGGAGCGCCGGUGGUGGAGUUUUUUCUUUUCUGCGGUGAGACGAUGGUUUGAUGUCAACGUGAGCGGUGCGCGGUUUUGUGCGAAAAA